GAUGUCACCGAUGAAUUAACGUCUAAUGUUGACAUCAAAUGGCGGUUGUCUGUGAGUCCGGUCGGAAGCAUUAGGUGUAACUAUAACAAUUAAAAUUGUUUUUUAUUUGGGGCUUGAAGACAUCGGUAUGGGUGCGCCGACUAAACUUACUGUUACUGGUAUUAUAUUUUUACUUAUAGGAGUACUUGUAGGAUGGUUCGUUUUCCCAAGUAUGAUACACGAUAAACUUUUAAAGAGCAAAGCAUUAAAUCCAAGUUCUAAAAUGCGUGAAAUGUGGUCUCAUCCUCCAUUAGCUGCUGACUUUAAAAUUUACUUGUUUAAUGUCACUAACUAUGAAGAGGCAAAUCAAGGUGGAAAAAUUGUUUUAAAAGAGAUAGGACCAUAUUUCUACCAUGAGUGGAAAGAAAAAGAAAAUUUAGUAGAUGACGCAGAUGAUGAUACAGUUGAGUUUAGUUUUAAAAACACAUUUAUAUUUGAUCGUGAAAAGUCAAAACCUUUAAAUGGUGAAGAAAUUAUCAUAAUGCCUCAUAUGGCAAUAUUGGGAAUGGUAACAAUGACUAAAAUGAUUAAACCAGCAGCUUUAGGUAUGAUUAACAAAGCUAUUCCGUUUUUAUAUCCAGAACAAGAUAGUAUAUUUUUAAAAGCAACUGCCAAUCAAAUUAUGUGGACUGGAGUAGAUAUUAACUGUACAUCUACUGAGUUUUCAGCCACCGCUGUUUGUUCACAAAUUAGAGAAAAUUCUGAAAAUUUACACAAAGUGGAUAAUAAUCAUUUUAUGUUUUCAUUACUUGGAGUGAAAAAUGGAACUAUCGAACGCAAUCGUUAUACUGUAAAACGUGGUUACAAAUCUCCAACUGAAGUGGGACAAGUGAUACGAUUUAAUGGCAAAGAAAAGCUUAAUGUUUGGCCAGACGAAGAAUGUAAUCGGAUAUCUGGUAGUGAUACCACAAUAUUCCAAUCGUUGGUUACACGAGAGACUAACUUAGGAGCUUUUAGUGGUGAUGUUUGCAGAUCAGUUGUACCCGAUUAUGUGCAAGAUAAUAUGUAUAAUGGCCUAAAUGUUUACGAGUAUACAGCUGAAAUAAUAAAAGACCAUGAGAAAUGUUAUUGUUUGAACCCGGAAAAGUGUUUAAAAAGUGGAGUUUUAGAUCUUACAAAAUGUGCAGGUGCUCCCAUAAUGGGUAGUCUUCCACACUUUUAUAAAGCUGAAGCUUACGUUAAUGAUGUUAUUGGGCUAAACCCUAACACAAAAGAGCACGCAAUAAAAAUAUUUGUUGAGCCGAUGACCGGCACUCCAGUUGUCGGUUUUCGAAGAAUGCAGUUCAGUAUGUUUUUGACAAAAGAGUCGAAGAUAUCUAUAAUGAAAAAUCUUAGCGAAGAAGAAAGACUGGUGCCAAUGUUUUGGAUCGAAGAAGGACUUUCUUUAAAUAAAACAUGGACAGGACAGAUUAAAAACAAAUUGUUUUUGCCAAUAAAAAUUGUCAAAUACGUUAAAUAUGUUAUUGUAUUUAUCGGAGUUAUGUUUAUUGUUUUAGCUUUAGUCGUUAACUAUAAUAGCGUAAAAACAAUGGAAGUUACCCCAAAUAAUUAAAAUUCACCAGAAGAAAUAAUGAUCUGGAAGAGGUUAGGUGAUAUAAAACACUGUAAUGCAAUUCGCAUAAGUUAAAAUGUUUUAUACAUUUAAGAAAAUAUUACAAUACAUAAUUAUUAUUUCACAUUGUAAAUAUAUUGUAAUACAUUUAUAGUUUUACAAUAAACCUGUAGAAAACUUGAAUUUUAUAUGCAUAUGUUUUAUUUUUAAAGAAAAUAUUAAUUGUUAACUAUUUCAUUUUACCUGUCAAAUAUUUAAUAAUAAUAAUAAGUCACCUAUUAUUUUUUGCAAUUCUUUUAUUUCCAAAUAUAUAUAUGAUUGAAAAUUGUCUAGUCAAAUCACAUAGAAAAAUGUAUAUUGUGUCACGUACAUCCGAAAAACUAACGUGAUACAAUGUACAGAAAACCAAAAGUACAGUUUUACAAGGUCAUUAAAAUAUUUAAUGGACACAUGUGAGGUGAUUUGAUAUAUUAAAAGUUUAUAUCCUCGC